AUGUCCCCGUCCGACCCGCGUUUAAACCUCUGCGCUCCGCAGAACCGUCCCCGCUCUCUGCGCGGCGACGCGCGUCGCUCCGGCUCGCAGGCGCUGGCCCAGAUCACGGUCCCGCUGCGGCUGCCGGCGAACGCGACGGGGGAGGCGGCACUUCGGCAGGACGAGGUGUCCUACGUCCUCAGGAUAGAGGGGAGGCUGUACACCGUUCACCUGCAGCAGCACGUCUUUUUAUCUGAAGAUUUCAGGAUUUACAUGUCUGAUGAGAAAGGAUCUUUGCGCUCUGAUUCAACCCCUAUCAAGGGAGGCUGCCACUACCGGGGGUACAUCGAGGGCUUCCCCAGCUCGGCAGUGACCCUCAGCACCUGCUCGGGGCUCAGGGGCUUGCUGCAGUUUGAGAACGUGAGCUAUGGGAUUGAGCCCCUGGGUUAUUCUCCUGCGUUCGAGCACUUUGUGUAUCGAGUGAGCGACGAGAGGACGGCAGGUUCCCUCUUGGCCAACAGCCACCCCGAGAGGGGGCCAGGCAGGCUGAUAGCAGGGGAGGUGUCAACCAAAGCACGUGGAGGUGACAAACCACUAUCAGCUGCAGCACGAUCUCCCAAAUACUUGAAAGUGUACGUAGUUUUGGACAAGGCUUUGUACAACUAUAUGGGUUCAGAUACAAAUGCUGCAACACAGAAGAUAAUCCAGGUCUUCAAUUUAGUCAACAAUAUGUUUAAUCCUCUUAAUGUUACCAUUGUGCUGUCCUCCCUGGAGCUGUGGACAGAGGAGAAUAAAAUAUCGACAGCAGGGGAAGCAGAUGACCUUCUACAGCGAUUUUUACAGUGGAAACAGUCAUAUCUCGCUCUGGGAUCGUAUGACAUAGCUUAUCUAUUACUGUACAGGGACCAAGCAGGGUUCGUGGGCACAACGGCUCCAGGAAAGGCGUGUCAGAGAGACGCUGCUGGCGCAGUGGCUGUGUACCGAGGGGCCGUGACGCUGGAGUCCUUCUCCGUCCUCCUGGCGCAGCUGCUGGGACGCAGCGUGGGCAUAAGCUACGAUGACUCCCGAGACUGCCGCUGCCCUGGGCGCGUCUGCCUCAUGAGCCCGGAGGCACUACAUGUCAGCGGGGCAAAAGCCUUUAGCAGCUGCAGCAUCGGGGACUUUGAAACCUUCCUGAAGCACAAUGGGGGCUCGUGCCUUUUCAAUAGACCGCGCUUGACCGGACUGUCCUACCGGAGAGCGGCUGUCUGCGGCAACGGCAUCGUGGAGCGCGGCGAGCAGUGUGACUGCGGGGCGGCAGAGGCCUGUGCGUUAGACAAAUGCUGUACUCCCCAGUGUAAUUUCAAACCAGGAGUGAAGUGCUCCUUGGGAUUGUGCUGUGAAAAUUGCCAGUUCAAGCAGAAAAACUCGCCGUGCCGCCCCCCCGCCGACGCGCAGUGCGACCUGGCCGAGUUCUGCAACGGGUCCUCCGCAUCCUGCCCCCCCGACCUGUACGUGCAGGACGGGCACGGCUGCGAGCACGGCACCGGCUACUGCUACAAGGGACGCUGCCAGUCUCCGGACCUGCAGUGCCGGGCACUCUACGGGAAAGGUGCAAAAAAUGCUCCUUUGGCCUGUUAUGAAGAAGUCAACCAUCAGCAGGAUAGGUUUGGACACUGUGGCAACCACCCAAAGGAUGGCUAUCAGCCCUGUUCCUGGCCGAAUCUGGGAUGUGGAAAGUUAGUAUGUACAUACCCGAAUCGUAUUCCCUUCACAAAAGUCAAGGGUGCCAUAAUUUAUGCUCAAGUGCAAGAACAUCUGUGCGUGUCUUUUGAUUUUAUGCGUGGACCCACAGCGCCUGAUCCUCUCCUGGUGAAAGAAGGCACAAAAUGUGGUCCUGGAAAGGUUUGUAUGAAUGGCACGUGCCACCCACAUUCAGUCCUGAAGUAUGACUGCAACGUGCAGAAAAAAUGCCACGGGCAUGGAGUGUGCAAUAACAAGAAGAAUUGCCACUGCGAUCCGGGCUGGAAGCCCCCCCAGUGCAAGACUCGAGGAUCCUCUGGAGGCGGCAGCAUCGACAGCACGCUGGGCCGCGAUCAUACCGCCAAAAGCUCCGUCCUGGCCGUGCUGAAGAACCGGCUGCUGCUGAGCUUCGGCGGCGUCUUCCUUGCCCUGGCCUGUGGCACCGUCAUGAUUAUGAAGUGGAGCCAGCUGAAAAGCUUCUGUGCAAGGAGAGCAUCACAAACAGAUGGAGUGUUUUUGCCGGAGGAUUUCCGGAUCUAUACUGAUGGCCGAAGGGGGCUUGCGAAAUCCGAACUGGCACAUAUCGAGCGCGACUGCUUCUACGAAGGCUACGUCGAGGGUUUCCCUGUUUCACUUGUGGCACUUAGCACCUGCUCCGGCCUGAGCGGGAUCCUGCAGCUCGUGAAUGCCAGCUAUGGGAUCAAGCCUCUGGAGGCUGCAGCUGGGUAUCAGCAUCUUGUGUACCCAAUGUGGAAUGAAAACGUAGAGACUCAGCUGUUCAUAGAAAACAGCUCUCUCGCCUGGACUGUGGAGGUGUCACUGAAGCCAGAGGAUGCAAUAGCAAGUAAGCAAGCUGUCCGUAGAUCCUCCCGGUAUCUGGAAAUGCACGCAGUUUUGGACAAAUCUUUGUAUGACUAUAUGGGAGCAGACAAGGAUGCUGUGACAGCCAAGAUAGUGCAGCUUUUCAGCUAUGUGAACAGUAUGUUUGCUCGCCUCAAUCUGACAAUAGUACUGUCUUCUCUGGAGCUUUGGACACAAAAGAACAAAAUCCCAACCACGGGAGAUGUUGAGGAGUUGCUGCAGAGAUUUUUGCAGUGGAAAAAUGUGCAUCGUGUGUUGCGGCUGCAGGACAUAACGUUCCUAUUUGUUUACAGGGAGCAGUCCCAUUACGUGGGGGCAUCUUCUGCGAAGAAGCUGUGUCUCAAAAACCAUGCUGGAGGCGUUGCCUUGUACCAGAGGGCUAUGACGCUGGAGGCGUUCGCAAUUGUUGUGGCCCAGCUGCUGGGGCUCAGCCUGGGGAUGGCGUACGACGAUCCGGGGAGCUGUCAUUGCGCAGGAGCCGCCUGCAUAAUGCAGGCCAGCUCGGUGUAAGCCUCCCCCUGCCCCCUCGGCACGUUGGGUGGGUUUCGGUGUGAUGGCACAAGUGGGACACGCUCCCGCCGGGUGUGCGG